GCAAGUAGUGAGCUCGUCGUGCUGCCGCCUGUCUUGUGGUUCUGUGCUACAUGCUGUGUGUUAUUAAAUUUAUCACGUAUCAGUUGACAUUUGUGUGAUAAAUUAUUAUAUAAUUAAUUUUAAAUUGUUAAAUUAUUUAUUUAUAAAUAUUUGUUAAUAUUUGUGGUGCCUUAGUGUGUUACAAUAAUGCCUGUUUUCCAUACAAAAACAAUCGAGAGCAUAUUAGAACCUGUAGCGCAGCAGGUAUCUCGACUAGUAAUUCUACAUGAAGAAGCCGAAGAUGGAAAUGCUAUGCCCGAUCUGGAGCGGCCGGUACAGGCUGUAUCCAGAGCUGUCACAAACUUAGUCAAGGUCGGGCGAGAUACUAUAAACAGCUCAGAGGAUGACAUUCUCAAACAAGACAUGCCGAGUGCUUUACUUCGGGUCGAAGAGGCUUCCCGUCUGCUCGAAGAUGCUUCGGCAAUGCUUAACAAGACCCCUAUUCCGGCCCUGCUCGGAAAAAGUUGA